GUAGUGAUAAACCAGUCUUUGCAUUCACAGGCAUCAGGUCCACUAACAGUUGCUGCCUUUAUGCAAGAAGUCUUAACAAAUCCACUCUCAGUAAGUUAAAGUACACAACCUGUUUUGUGUAUGUCAUGCUUGCACCCGUCUUGAUGAUCAUUGCAAUAAACUUAUUUUGAUUCCAUUAUCUUUGUGCCUUUACUGAUGUGGUUAUAAAAAUUUAUUCCUAGACUGAGACAAAUAAAAUACAAUCGCACCUUCAUGUGCAAUCACUUCCUGUAAGCGACCACCUCCCAGUAGUGACCUAUCAUUAAAACUUUUCAUAAUGACCACCUUUCAUUAAGUGAUUGCAAUCACUAUUUGGGCUGACAGUUUUUGAUUUUCCAUUGAACUCUUUGUGACUGCUUUUUUGUUAUAUUUUCAUGCCAGGGGUACUACAUGAACAGUGAUGUGUUUGGUCAGGCUGGUGAUUUUAUUACAUCACCUGAAAUUAGCCAGGUUUUUGGAGAGGUAUAGUAUCAGUUAAGUAUUGCUUGACUAAACGUAAAUAAAACUCCAUCCAUCUAUUUGUGUUGGAAUCUAAAUUACUUAUUAAGGUUGUAUCUCCAUUUUAACCGUUUUACUCUCAAGAGAAUCACAGUGUUGAAUAAAGUUUGAGAAAUAUCAUAUCAACAAUGCCCGGAAACUAAUACCAUGUGAAAAUAGGGCUCUAAAAAGGUUCAUUUCAUCAGUUUAAAGGUCACACAAACUUUGGGAUUUCUCCCUUUAAGAUUCUGUUUAUUUUUGCAUUAAUAUUAUAAGCCACCAUAUGAAAGUACUUGGUAGUAGACGUUUCACUUGAAAGGUCACACCAAAGGAUUUUGUUUUAUAUAUAUUGUGUUUUUAAAGCUUAUAGGUGUAUGGUUUGUAAACCAGUGGAUACUGUCAGGAAAGAAGAAAGUCCAGCUAAUUGAGCUUGGACCUGGUAGAGGAACCCUGGCUUCAGAUAUGUUAAGGGUUAGUAAUUAAUACUUUAAUAAUGCAAUGGUUGACCAAACUUUGAUUGGGUUAAUCACCCUUCAUAUACUAAUUAAAGCACUUAUUCUUCUUAAAGGAUACUGUGAAAUUCUGAAAAUACACCCCUUUCCAUUUUUAUAAACCCCUCAAAUUCCAAAGACAAUAAAAUGGCUUCUGCAAAUUAAAUAGCACCAGGGAUCUUUCUAAUAAUGGGAAUUGUCUUUUAGAAACCAUACAUCAGGCCCUGGUUGUUCAAAAGCUGGGUAGGGCUAUGCAUUGGAUAAAUCACUAUCCAGUGGAUAAGUAUUUGGGAAACCAAUUGCGCUAUCCACUAAAUAGAGAUUUAUCUAUCGGAUAGCGCUAUCCACCUCUUGAACAACUGGGGCCAGAAUGGUACGAGAUAAGGGUGUCAUGUCAUGUGAAUAUUGCUGUUUUAGGUCAAUUCUGUGCUGAAGUCAUCACUUAAUAAAUACUUAAUCAAUACUCAAAAUGCUACCUGUAGACUUAUCAAGAAGUCACCAGGAAGAUAUUAUCAGGAAGAACUUGGCGUGAUAAUUUUUCAGUAUGGCCUCAGCUAUUUUUGCAGGCAUGGCAUCAAAACUUAAAAAAAGUUGGAGCAACCUUUUCGCAGUCAAAAAAGUCCCAAUCAAUAUUUAAGUGACUGAUCAUGAGACAAAUAAUAAACAAACCCUUUAUACAAUGCAGUCCAUGCAAUUUUACGAAGUUGAAUUAUUGUUUUGAUGUUAGGUAUUCCAAAAGUUUCCUGAGCUGCAUGGUAAAAUUUCUUUACACCUUGUUGAAGUAAGUCCAGCUUUGAGUAAAAUCCAAGAACAGACACUGACUGGCAAAUUACUAUCCAUUCAAGAAGGCAAGAAAGAAGGACAACCUGAUGCAACAGAUGACAGACUACAGGCAAACGAGGUACAGCACAAUAUCUUAAUCUUAAAAGUAUCUCAUUCUGCAACAACUCACUCAAAAAUGAAAGUUAUUAUUAUUAAAACCUCUUACUUAAUGAAAAAUUGCAAGUUAUUCAUUUUGCUUUAAUAGCACUUGCAUCAAAAUAUAGUUUUAAAGCAGUUGACGAUGAUGAUGACCAAGAAUUAAAAUUUACUAGCAAAUAAUUGCCCUGUCUUCACUCUUCACUAUCCUCUAUUAAGUAUGUCAAAAAAAUUAUUUAUGUAAAAAUUACUGCAGACUGAUAUGACCUUGAUUUGUUAUUUUCAGUGUAAUAAAUAGGAUGUGCAUCAGAUAUCACAGGAAAAAAUAACGGAAUCCCAUUUUUGGAUAUUUUAGGAUAUUUAAAGAAAUCUCAAAUUUGGAAGAGUGAGACAAGUCCCAAUCAGGGAACUUGGUUGGGAAUUCCCUGGUUGGGACUUGUCUCACUUUGCCAAAUUUGGGAUUUUUAUGGGUAUUCUUUAAAUACCCUAAAAUAUCAAAAAAUGGGAAUCUGUCAUUUUUUCCUGUGGAUGCAUGGUGAUGAAGUAAACACUAAUAGUUCCUUUUACUAAUCUGCCCCUUAGGGUGUGCCAAAACCUAUGUUUAAUUGUCCGGGACAGGUAGAAAUUUAGUUCAGACAUGUAAACCUUUGACAUGACUUGUUCUUGGGAAAAGCACAUUUUUAAUAGAAAAAGUGUACAGAAACAGUUAAAAAUUGACUUCAAAUUACAGUAGAAUUUAUCUUAUAGUCAUAAAAGCAAACCUCAUACUUGACAAAAUAAGGUGAAAUAUUCCUUUUAACUUUGCCAUUCCGCAACCAUUUCAUUUGAUUUAAUGAGCGCCAUUUGACUUUUAAUACAAAUCUGGCAAAACUUUUUGGACAAGAACUCUCGGGUAUGGGACAACCAAAUUUAAUAUAGUGCUUGUCCGAGGGACAAGGCUGUAAAUCUUUUAUUUAAGCAGUAUUUUUUUCUUUCAUGUUGCUUAAUAUAAAGAAAAAAAUUUGUGAUUUCAAUCUUAGGAUAUGUCAGCACUGUGUUAUAGAAGGUGCCUAACACAGGCUGGUAUUCCUGUGGCAUGGUACAGAGCAGUUGAGGAUGUCCCUGUUGAAGGAAAUUGUUUUUUCUUGGCUCAUGAGUUCUUUGAUGCUCUUCCAAUUCACCAAUUUCAGGUUUGUUUGUAUAACUCACUUAUGUAAGUAGUUCGAGCCCAGAAGUCAUAUGAUUGUCUGGAGGAGUGUUCCAGAGUUUACCCUGAAUAGGACUGUUCGUGACACAGGAAGCCUGGGCUGUGUGAACGGUUGAAGGGGGUGUGUUGUAUUCGAUGAACAUUUACCAUAAUUAUGCUCAGGUAAAUUUUGAAUGCAACACCCUUCAAAUGACUAAUUUCACUGUUAUCAGCUACACAACAUUUCUGGCAGUACAUAAGUUUAUUCUAAAUUCAGUCAUGAACAGUCGCACAGUUUUUGUGGGAUCCUUUGUUGAUGAUGGUCACUGACUGUUCAACAACUUGUUUGGAAGUCAUGUAACCUACUCACAGGCCUGUUUUCUCACUCUUGAGUGCGCGUGUAAGGAAAUAUAACUAUGAACCGCGGAGAUUUAUUUGCAGCAAAACAAAGAAGGUUUAAAAAAGGAUUCCUGAUCGCUAGCGCAAUAGAAGUCACCGUGAGGGUCCAAGUAAAUAAUUAUUGCGAAUUGUCAAAAUGAUCCACAACUCUUUUUUACUCUAACAACAACUUCUGCACUGACAGGUUGUUGCGAAAACGUUUUUUCAAGUUUAAUCGCUGUGUCUGCAAAAAUCACCAACAAAGUAUUUUGGUUAGUAAUCUCCAUGACUUGCCUGUGUCGCUGGCCUGCGUGGCAGACGUUUGAAAGGGAUGGGAAAGGGAGUUUUAUUCCCUUCCCUUCCCUUUCGAACGCCUGCCACGCAGGCUUUGUGUCGCAGACGCUCUAAACCUUCUAUAUAGAGCGGACUAUACAAAUGGUUUAGACGAGUGCGUGGGCAGGCUGCAACGCAGGCUACCCAUGAUGAAAUUCAUUUAACAUGUUCUUUAUAACUCUACAGGACCAUUUUUUUUUUGUAUGGGUAAAGACACUUAGCAAUGACUCUUGGCACAGAAUUGAUCUAUAACAGCAAUAUCCUGGUUACAUAGUCAAUUUAAGGGGACACAAGGAUGGGUGCUGGGACACCACUAUCGGAGGCGUUUGUUCUGCGAUCAAUGUCCUGCAAACAGCUAGGAUCAACAUUGUCAAAUUCUCCGCAUCCUGUGUAGCAUAUAAUUUGAAGAAUUAUAUUUAUUGUUUGUUAUCUUUCAGAAAACAGAUCAAGGUUGGAGAGAAGUUCUUGUAGAUGUCGAACCAGGCAGUGGGUUUGUAAACUGUUAGUUUAUUGUUUUCAGGACUUAUAUUUACUAUUAUUUUUAAAGUUUAUGAAUUUCAUGAUUGUAUUGAACUUGCUAUUGGUUUGUCGGCGUGAUAAGCCACGCAAGAUAUUCUCUAGGAGAAAGAAGAGAUGGGAUUAAACAAGUUUAAACUUUUUCUCAGCCUUCUCAAAAAUUUUGAAGCGUUCGUUAACUUUGUUGCAUCUGUAUAACUCGUCUACAUCUCGCUGAUUGAGCUCAAAUUUGUUGAGGAAAAAGGCUGCCUGUGACCAUUUGACUAACGUGAGAUCAGGCCCAAUUUUAGCGGUUCUCAUACAUUCUCUCUAACGGCUACUGCUAAUUUUUGUUUCGCCUUGCCCGCCGGAAUGUUAUUACAAAGCGAAACGAAAAUUGAGCCUGAUCUCAGGUUACCAUUUGGACUUCUUGGUAUGUAUGGUCUCACCAAUGUUUCUGAAUAUGACUCAACUAUUGAGGAUUUGUUUGAUCGGUUUGAUCGGGGUGUUAGUCUUGACGAAACGCAACUCAGCGUUUCUUAAUCAGGAACUGUGUUUUUGUCAGAUAGAUAUACUCAUUUAGCUUUAUAGUCAUUAAGCAGGAAUUUCUUUUGCAUUAGUUUUCUUCAUGAGUUAUUCAUCAGUUAAUUAGGGUUUACUGUUCUAAAUUAGGAGUCUUAGUCCCUGGCCCACACUUAACUGAGAAGAUCACUUGUUUCCAUCAAUGUUUAUCAGGUUUACGGUCGUUUCGCCAAGGUCCUUUUCGCUAACUUCUGAAGUCGUUUCGCAGACGUGUUGGGUAAGUUCCCUGACUGCUUUCGCCUGAUCAGUGGCUGAAAGAACGAGAAAUAUACAUGCGUAUCGCACUUUUUUGUAUCAUGGCUGAGAGAAGGAAGAAUAUACGUGCGCAGUGCUCGUUUCGCCGCUUCUUAGUGGAACGACAAAAGACGUUAGCGAACGGGACGUUAGCGAAACGACCGGUCACCGUUUAUCACAAGCUUAUCAUUUUUAUUAGUUCCUCCUUACUGAGGUUUAUAUAUCCAAGACCCUGGCCGCUCACCUAACCCUUAAUGCAAAUUAAAGGCCUCACUCAUGAUUCAUUUUUAGGUCCCCUGGACUUAGAUUUGUCUUAGCUCCUGGCCCUACAUUAGCCUCACAGACAUUGGUCCCUCCUGGAACAUCAUGCAGCCAGAUAGAAGUGUGUCCACUUGGUGGGUCUGUUGUGGAACAUAUGAGUGGUGCUAUAGCAAAGCAAGGAGGAUGUGCCCUGAUUGUUGAUUACGGUGAAGAUGGAAGCACAAGACACACUUUGAGGGUAAGUGGCAGCUCGGCAACCGGUAAUCUUAGGUUCACAAUUCUGUGGUGAAUAAUACGGAGACCGGUCGAUUCCUCUGGAAGCUGAUUUACACGAACUUUUGGGAACGACCUUAGGAACGCGACAAAAAGACAAACCUAAACCUAAAGACAAACUUCCUUAAAUGUUUCUGUAGGUAUAGGGGUGCCAUACUUUGGCAUAUUAACCUGAAAUGAGAGGCUUUUCUUGCCAAAAGCCACACAUGAAAACUUGUAUAAUUGUUUGUGGCUAGGGUAUGAGUAAACUGAAAAGUCUGCAAGAACCCAAUGGCUAUUCGCCUCAGCAAACAUCCUUUCGCCUGCCUGUAGGCAGUAUCUGGUGGAUUGCAGUCAUUUUUAAGUCUUAAUUGUAACUACAGAAUACCCUUUGAAAUCAGUUCCUCUUUGCGUACUUCGAUACUCAGCGUGCAGUGGCUAAUUAAUUGAUGUUUGGAGAACAUACAAUGUAAUAAUCAGUUGACGUAGGUUCAGAUAAAAAAAAUUGUGUUGAUGAGCCGGUCAACAGGUUCGGCGAAUUCAUAAAAGAACAGGCGAAUGUUCCCGAAUGGCCAGCUGCACCGCCUUCUCCCUCCCGUGCGAUCCGAAUGCCACUCUUACCAUCUUAGGAACAGUAGCAGUUCUAGCCGCUUCCAGUAUAGAACAAAACGCUUCGGUUCUAGUUUUUUCCCAGCAAUGUAAUAGCCUGUAAUCCCAGUCCCUCUGAAACAAAUGUAAUUUUAUUUUUAGUUGUAACUUAUGUAAGCACAUUGUAAUUCAUAGUUUUUAUGCCACCAUGUGUAUUUUAAUAAACCAUCAUUAUUAUUAUUAUUAUUAUCGAAUCGCCUUUAAGCAAAUUGCCCUUGGACGAAAUGGUUGCAAACUUCUAAACAAGUCUCUCUUUAAUCUACAAUUUUUGCUCGGGAAAUAGCAACUAUUUUUCUAGACUAAUAUACAAUAAAAACCGGCGAGUAAGAACCCGUAUUUUUCCUAGAUAGCCUUACCAGUUUCUUACAUAAAUAGUAAUUUGCACACAAAUUUAGUCUAUUUAGGUCCUUAAAGAAGUCUUUAUUUUCAGAAGAAAACCAUACAUUUUAGCUGAGAGUAUUUGGUGGUAUUCAGCUCGAUUUUCAACUCUGGAAUUUACACUGCAGUUGGAGUGAUAAGGCACCUAUGUGAAUAUGGCUCUAAAGAGGAUCCUAAAUGUUGACUUAUCUUAUUUGCCCAAGUGUGCAGAAUUUUUUUCGCAGCUUUUAAAAAAUAAGAACCUGUUUCAAAUUUUAGGCUAAACAGGCUCUUGUAUAGAGAGGGCCUAACUGGCAAAUUUUCGCCUAACAGGUUCUUAAAAACCAGGUUAUUACUCGCUGGUUUUUUACUGUAUACAGUUAUUAUGUAUUUUCAGGCAUUUAAAAAGCAUAAAUUACACGAAGUUCUGCACGAUCCUGGCAGUGCUGAUGUGACGGCCAAUGUUGAUUUUGCCUACCUCAGAAGCGUUACGCGUGAAAAAGGUUGGCAUUAAUUUUUCUCUCCCUCUUUUAUUUUUUCAAUUCGGUGGAUUUUCCAAAUAUAUACUUCCCUAAUAACAAAUACUAUAGAAAAUGAAACCGAUUCGUUUUAACGAAAAUUCAGUUGUUACAGUUUCUGGUUAAAGUUGCUAUGAAUAACCGUGAUCUCGAAUUAGCGGCCGGAAGGGUUAUUUCAUCUUUGGAGUCGAGAGGAAGACACUAACUCGAAGGGAAGGGAGGAGGGGGUGGGAGUGCUUAUUUCUCUUUUCUCAAGAUGACAUUUGUCUUUGUUUUAAAUAAGACAAACUUAAAGCAAGGGGCACACAUACAGCAACCCACGGCCUGGCCAGUACCUCACGCAUGCGCAAAGCCAUAUCACCCGGGCAGUGGCAGCAGUGGACAGCUGUUUCGCCCUCACUAGGGCUCAUCAGCAUGGCAUAGCCGUCGGGUCAUUGAACGGGCGAACCCGUGUCUCAAAGACGGCUGUGCGCAUGCGCAAGGUACUGGCCAGGCCGUGGGUUGGUGUAUGUGUGCCCCUUGCGUUAAGUUUGUCUUCCUUGUUUUAAAUAACCGAAAACAAACAGGAAAACUAGAACCUUCUUUUUCCGGUAUGUACCCAAAAGUGUGUGUGUGGUGCGUAUUCUUGGCUUUGAAGGUUCUGUUGUAAGUAAGUUCUUUCGGUAUCGUCAUGCAAUAUAAGGCAGAUUUAGCAAGCACAACGCGAUAACCUGCUAGCAAUUUCUCCAUUUAAGGGAUAUCGUGAGAAGUCACGCGCCAGCGGCACACAAAAAGAGCUUCGCCGCUCGCUGGCGUUUUCUCGUGCGCCUCAAUUUGUUCGCCAAUCGAAAUGGAGAGCUUGCUCGCAAGCUAAUGACGCGACGGCAGUUAAGACGGCGCGCGCAAAUCGAGGAACGGCUUGACCAAUGGUUGAGCUGCAAAUUGGGUUUGCGACAAACACGCAGGUAAUAGCCCUGUCACGCUUGCCACACGCGAACGUUUUGCCGUCCUCUUUUUUUGCUGUCCUGUUGCGUAAACCUUCUAGUGUCAAAGCAAUCAAAGUAGGCCCGCGUUGUAAACAUCCGAUUGUGUGUUGCCCUCAAGUGGGUCAUUCGCUAGAGAUUGUACAGGCAUGUUAUGCUACAUUCAUUGAAGACAAACUUAUACUGUAUACUCGAUUAGGAAGGGUGUCAAGAGAUGCGCUUAUUUGAUAUUAGUUUACUAACGCAAUAGGACGGAAAGAAGACGGGAACCGUGCGUGACAAGCGUGACCCAUAAUUUGUUUGAAAAAGUUUUCCGCCAAACUUUACCUUCUAUUAAACAAAUCGUUUUGUAAAAGACCAGAACACGUUAGUAAUAAGUGAAGUUCCCGACAAAAGACUCAGUUAAUAGCCCUGUCACGAGCAUUUUAUGUUAAAAACUGUAGGUAAGUUUUAAUCCCAAUCUUUGAUUUAAAACUUCACAGUUCAGACGUUCGGACCAGUGACACAAAAGUCAUUUCUUCAGCAAAUGGGUAUCGAUAUGAGAAUGAAAGUAAGUGAUUUAGUGAUAGCAGGGGUGUAUGCAUUCUGUCCUGGGACUGCUUACAGUCUUAUAAGAGAGUCAAAAACCAAUGAAGAGCUUGGCUUAAUUUCUGACUAUUUUUAUCUUGAUCUAUUGUAAGGUUCUUCUUCAGAACGCGAAUCCCACUCAAGCAGAGGAGCUUCAAAGCGGCUACAGAAUGCUGACAAGUGAAUCAGAGAUGGGAGAGAAAUUUAAAAUGUUUAGUCUAGUUCAACACGGUCUUCCGCAACCAGCUGCUUUCGCUUUAUAA